CUGCAUCACUGCUCCCCAAGUUUCAACGGCCAAUGGACGGUCCCCACCUUGUCCUCCCCAAGACCCAAAUCGAUGACCUCAUCCACUUUGCCCCUGAUGCAGCUGGUCCACUCGUCCCGCUCAGCCACGGCUUCAUGCGUCCACACUCGCGUAGCCCGGCAUCCCGUCACCAUCCGCGGCCAUGUGCUGAUACGUUGGGAGAAGUGUGCGUUGGGGAAGGAAGCAGUGUGCUCCGCAGUGCAUUCUGUUCUUUGCCUGCGUCGGAGCUGCGUCCUGCUCCGCGCUCGCUGCCGCCGUAAGAUUCUUGCGGAUGCAGGGAUCAGCUAUUGCGCACAACCUCGACACGUCUUCCCCGGCUGGCGAAACAUGGGGCGAGCGGCUGUGGUGAGGCAACUGGGCCGAGGGCCGGCCUCGCCCAGCUCGAGGCUCCGUCAAAAACGAGAUGCCCUCUGCUGCAUUGUCGCGGUUGCAACUGUCCGCUGGAAUCUGGACCGCCACCCAGCCGGAAACUCUUCUCAGCCCGGAGCAUUCCUGCAUUCCUGGUGACAAACCAGGGAAUAGGUACGUAAGUGCGGCAAAGAAAGGUACGCAAGUUCCAGGCAUGAUGACAUCCAUUACCGCCACCCUUCCGCUGCCAUCUGCAUCUGCCGCCCUAAACCGUUGGCCAAUUGCCCGCUGCCGUUUCCAGAGGCCGCAUCGUGUCUCAGCUUCCAUCUCUGCGACCGCCUUGUGGUAUCAGUGCCUGCAACGGUUCGCUCUCCGCCUUUGCUUUGUGCCCCGGCUGACCCUUCUGCCCGUUCCAACGAACUGUUGCUUGCCUGCCUCGCUCGCCACGAACCUGCCCGCUCCUCACAUAUACACCGCUCCCGCUUGCCGCACGACCCGCCGCUUCUCGUCCAUGGCCCGAAAUCCAGAGAAGUCGACCGACUUCCCGCCGAGCCUGGAGCUGGCAACCAACGAUUUUGAGACGCCCCUUCGGCCUGAAGUUCACCUCCGUCGAUCGAGUCGCCGCCUGUCAAAGACUAUGCAGCCCGGCGGCAACGCGCCUUCCAUACCCGAGAAUCUACUAGGCAUCAGGCAGCAACGCGGCGAGAGUCUGGGGUCUGAGGAGAUGCAGGACCGCAAGAAGAUGGUGAAGGGUGACGUGCAGCUCGCCAUCGAGGGCCUCGCCAGGAUGGAGCACCGGCUGCGCAGUGCGACAAAGAGGCAGAAGCUCCAGAUUGAAGAGGACACUCGGCUCACUGAAACGCGCGUGACUGCCGGCCAGCAGGUUACCCGCUCGCCUUCGGUAAGAAAAGCGAGCUUGAAGAGUACGGGGCUGGCAAGAUUGGGGCUGCUGCCCACGGUGGACGAGGAAGACAAGGAUGACUUUGCCGGGGGUCUCAGCGGGGGCAAGAACCAGGACCUGGAGGCUCGGAGAAUAGACGUGCCAGAGGAGGUACCCGACGUUCCUGAACGGGGUGCUUCAAGACCGCCGCCGGUCAACAGCGACUACCUGCCGCUGCCGUGGAAGGGCCGCCUGGGCUAUGCGUGCCUCAACACCUAUCUCCGCUCCGCCAAGACUCCCGUCUUUUGCUCGAGAACCUGUCGCAUGUCGUCCAUUAUCGAGCACCGCUAUCCCCUGAGCGAUCCGUCUCAGCCAGAACAUGCGGUCAAGAACCGGCCGGAUCGAUCCAAAGAGCCCAGCAGAGAGCUCGGUGAGAGGUUCCUCCAAAACCUCGGCUUGGCCAAUGCUCGGGACAUCGUCAAGAUGCUGAGGUGGAACGACAGGUACGGCAUCAAGUUCAUGCGCCUCAGUUCUGAGAUGUUUCCCUUUGCCAGCCACCCGGAACACGGUUACAAGCUGGCGCCCUUCGCAUCCGAGGUGCUCGCCGAAGCUGGAAGGGUGGCCGCGGAGCUCGGCCAUCGCCUGACCAUGCAUCCCGGCCAGUUCACCCAGCUCGGCUCACCCAGGCAAGAGGUUGUCACCGCGGCUGUCCGGGACCUGGAGUACCACGACGAGGUGCUGUCGCUCCUCCGGCUCCCCGAGCAGCAGGACCGCGACGCCGUUAUGAUCCUGCACAUGGGCGGCAUCUUUGGGGACAAGGCAGCAACCCUGGACAGGUUCCGCAAGAAUUACGCCGAGCUCUCACCCUCCAUCAAAGCCCGUCUCGUGCUGGAGAACGACGACGUGGGCUGGAGCGUACAUGAUCUGCUCCCGAUCUGCGAGGAGCUCAACAUCCCCCUGGUCCUCGACUACCACCACCACAACAUCAUCUUCGACGAAACAAAGUGCAGAGAAGGGACUCUCGACAUUAGCCAGCCGGAGCUUCAGGCACGCAUUGCCGCCACGUGGACGCGCAAGGGCAUCAGACAGAAAAUGCAUUACAGCGAGCCCUGCCCCGGCGCUGUGACGCCUCGAGACCGGCGCAAGCACAGUCCCCGCGUCACAACGCUGCCGCCAUGCCCGCCCGAUAUGGACCUGAUGAUCGAGGCCAAGGACAAGGAGCAGGCCGUCUUCGAGCUCAUGCGCGCCUUCAGGCUCCCCGGAUUCGGACUGAUCCACGACAUGAUCCCGCACGAGCGCGAAGACGAAUCCCACCCCGCGCCGACAGUGCCCAAGAAGAGACAGAAGCCUGCGGCUAACUUGAAACGGAAAAGGGCACCAGACGAAGACCCCAUCGGGCUGAACGAUGUUGGCGCUGGCGCAGACGACGAGUAUCAGGUGAUUGGCGCCAGAGAGGUCUCAGCAGAGGAUUACGCCAUGGGCGGGCCAGAUGGCAGAGUGUACUGGCCGCCUGGGAGGGAAGACUGGUUGAAACCCGCAAGAAAAGGAGCUAGGACUCUAGAAGUGAGUGAUUAUGAAGAUGAGUGCUAGCUAGAAGCUACAUACUAUGAGGUAUUUACAUUUAACCUAAGGUAUUCUUUAGCGAGCUAGAGAAAGGCUAGAGUAUAUAAAGUUGUUAGGCUAAGUUUUAUCUCUUAAUAAUUUAAAGCUUUAAAAAUAGUAGCAUAUAUAUUUUAAUUAGG